UGUGAAAAAAUAUAUUACCCGCAUAAAGAAAUUUAAGUAGCUUUUUAAACUUUUCAUCUUUCAGACUUAAACAUUUCAUCAUUCUCUGCUGUCAUCUCAUCUCCAUCAUUUUCAUCGCUGUAGCGACUUUUGACACACAUUACAUCAAGCACCCCACCUGUCCACGUGUGACGGGUAAUUAACUCAUUGUCGUCAACUAUCUGCGAGCAGUUUUGGAAGCAUCGUCGUCCACUUCACCGUGUCUUUCACCAUGGAUACCGACAAUGGCACGACAAUCGCAGACACUUCUCUCACUGGUCCAAACAUCACUCGACUCUUUCUUGAGGCGGCCAGCAACCUAUCCUCCAACUACAGUCUUGAUACCAACGACACCAUGCUCUUGGAAAUUCUCGUGAGCACGGACUCCACGUAUACCACUAGCAUGUGGACAGCACUUCUUUCUACUGACCUGCAGCUGGUGUCAGCGAGUGACACUACAAGUUCUGUUCCUACCAACGCCAGUAUUUCCAGUCCCGUGACCCCCAGUUCACCACAUAGCACAAUGCUGUCGUCUGCUAGCGAAUUAGAACAGUCGUCUUCUAGGAGUGACCACGUGCAGGAGUCGCUUCACACCAUCAUGGAAUCUUUUGGAGCAUCCAGUUCGCCAGGCGGAGAAACCAGCGAAACGUCUUCAUCUACCUUUGCGGAAUCUGGCCUGUCAGUCUCUCUUUCAUCUUUCAGUCCCCUUGCAUCAACGAUGACGAUAGGACUUUCGAUGAGCGACAUUGUCGCACCAGAUGGCAAGGAGACUUCCUACGUGGCUCUAGAAAGUAAGGAAACAUUGAGCUUACCUCUGCAGGCAACUGUCACUAGAUCGUAUUCAAGUUCUGGUCUUGAAGGAUAUUUAAUUCAAGCUACUUCCACUUUGCCUCAUAACUACACGACGAGUGUACUCACUGAAAAAAGUCCGAGUCCUGAACUCGGAGAAACGGUCUUUCAGUUUUCUUCUCUAAGUUCCACGGCAUCCAUGCCCCUGGAAUACAGUCGUGGUGUCAGUACUGCAGCUGGCUUCAGCCAAGACCACUUCUCUUCAGAAGUGUCUCAAAAGUAUGUUUUACUGAGUUCACCCCAAGACACCCUUGCUCAAGAAUUCCAGAAGACUCCUGCCCUGUCAGCUUCCAACGUGUUUCUUGAAGCUACAAGUUUUGACCUAGAACUUAUGUUGAUGCCGAGUUCUUCGAGUAGUCCCCUUGCAAGCACCGGAGGUAUACUUGGGAUUGUUUCAAGUGCAUCUCGCGGGACAACUCUGGAACUGAAGUCUGAAGCCAUGUCGAGCAUGUUGCUUCAACGAGAACUGAGUCUGUCGUCGAUAACUCAUUCAGGCGCGUCGACAGAAGUCUUAUUAAGUACAGGUGCACCAAGCAUGGCUCUCCAAUCUGCUUUCACGCAGGAGCUUGAAACCACUGUAAGAUCCAGUUUUGAAUGUUACAGCAGUUCCACCUACUUCUACUUUCUCUAUUGAAGGAGUUUCUAUGGAGGAACGCAAAGCUAGCUGGAGCAUUCAUUACAGUGUUAAUCCGAGUUUUACCGAUUCUUACAUGGCGGCUGAUUUCACAUCCUUCUCUCUGUCUUCAGUUGCUUCAAGUCUUGCUCCGGAGCUGAAAGAAACUUCAAGUCCCGCUGUCACUAGUGUACCUUCUGUAGUCACAUCAACAAUAGGCACUGUAAUCCCAUCAAGUGUAGCUCCAUCAACAGUCACAUCAAGUGAAAUGCCAUCAAGUGUACCUUUUGUAAUAACAUCAAUUGCGGGUUCUAUAAUCACAUCAAGUGUAUCUCCUGUACUCACAUCAAGUGAAUCUCUUGUGAUCACAUCAAGUGUAGUUUCUGCAAACACAUCAAGUGAAGCAUUCAGUUUUCCUCCUGUCAAAACAUUAAGUUCAGUUCCUGCUAUCACAUCAAGUGAAAUAUCAUCAAGUGUACCUCUUGGGAUUACAUCAAGUGCAUCUCUUACAACUGCAUUUAGUGUAAUGACAUCAAUUGCAAGUCCUGUGAGCACAUCAACUAUAUUUCCUGAAAGUCCAAAAACUUCAAGUGUAGUUGCU